AUGUGGCGUUCCAUCCGCCGCGGUAGCAAUCACGCAGCCUCCCUUCGUCCCUGUCUUACCCUGGCCCCCCCUUGCUCCCGCUCCCCCCUCGCUCCCGCUCCCCCCUCGCUCCCGCUCCCCCCUCGCUCCCGCUCCCCCCUCGCUCCUGCUCCUCCCGUGGCCCCCGCUCCUCCCGUCGCCCCCGCUCCUCCCAUCGCCCCCGCUCCUCCCGUCGCUCCCGCUCCUCAUGUCCCUCUCGUCCCUCAUCCCAUUGGCUCCCGUCCCUCUUCCCGUUGCUCCCGUCCCUCCCGUCCCUUCCGUCCCUCCCGUCCCUUCCGUCCCUCCCGUCCCUUCCAUCCCUCCCGUCCCUCCCGUCCCUCCCGUCGCUUCCGUCCCUUCCAUCCCUCCAGUCCCUUCCGUCCCUCCCGUCCCUCCCGUCGCUUCCGUCCCUCCCGUCGCUUCCGUCCCUCCCGUCACCCACGUCGCACCCGUCGCUCUCUUCCCUUCGGUUCCUCUCGUCCCUCUGGGUCUCUCGCAUUCCUUCCCUCUUCGCCUCUCCCCUUUCCCUACACUGUUCUACCCUCUGCGCUGCGUCCCCAUUUCCCUGUGCGCGGUUCCCCCCCUUCCCUACCCGCAGCUUCCCCACUUCCCUACGUGCAGCUUCAACCCUCGCAUGCGCGCAGUUUCCCCCCCUUCCCUACAAGCGGCUUCAACCCUUCCCUAGGCACAGUUUCCCCGCUUUCCUACGUGCAGUUUCCACCUCUCCUAAGCACCCUCAUAUGUGCGCCAGCAGAGGACCCCGGGGCGCUGCAGGUGUUCAUAGCAGUGCUCACGGGCCCGCCUGGCCCGCGCCCGGAGCACCUGCUGCCACGCAUCGAGGCACUGCUGCUACUGCUGUGGGGCGAGCAGGACCCCUUCACGCCGCUCGAUGGCCCCGUGGGGCGCUUCUUCUCGCACCUGCCGCAGCAGCGCCCCCUCACCACCAUGCUCACGGUCCCCGCCACUACCCCCACGACGACCAGCCGGUCGCCGUGCACCAAGCGCUGCUGCCAUGGCUCGCCCAGCUCGGCAGCACAAAGUAGUGCAUCCAUUGUGCUUCCAACGGCAUGCAUAGGCGCGCUUGCCUGCACAAGUGGUGUGGCAUGA